AUGGAAAGCGUUGCUGCCACAGCCGCCUCCAUGGCGAAUGAGAGAAAAAGACGCGGUUUUUUUGAGUCACGGACGGCGUGGCUUAUGCCUUCCGAGGAGGGCGUUUUUCAGAGUUUAAGCCUUCGACAUUUUGGGUUUACUGCCGGGAAGAUGCUGCAGUUUGCGUUGCAACAACAGGCAGCAUGUGGGGCCUCAAUGUGUGUCUUUCCCAUUGAUGAGGCUGCGGCUGAUGGGAGUAGUGGCCGGCAGACGACUGGAUGCUCCCCUCUUGCCGCUUUGGCUUCCAAUUUGGACGGCAUGAAAAGUGGAAUGGAUCAAACGUGGGGUUUACUGAGUCGGGUAGGAUCUUGGGGGCCUUCUGUUUGUGGCCGCGUCACAGCGUCGUCAUGGGAUCUCUCAGCUGACGAACGAAGUCCGUUUCCUGGUUUGCUUCGCCUUGCGGCCUUUUUGGGCCUUAGUGCGGUGUUGGUGCCGCUUCCUAAUGGUGACGUUACAACUCCUGCAUUUACCGACGCUGUCACUGUUCUUACGGAUCACUUGCGGCAAAAUCGGACGACAAACAUUUGGGUUUACUGUGAUGCCUCCUCCCAGGCUCAUCGUGUGGCAUUUUCUCGACUUCGCACCGCACUUAUGUGGGGCGACGCCCCACCUUCUUUGACCGAUGCUGCGGGUUGCGUUGCUCGUGAGGCAUUACACAGAGUUACGCCGUACUUGUACUUUUCUGAGACAUUCGGGGCACUUCCAUCUGAAUGGCUUGGGGAGCCUGUUGUGGCGUUUGAGGUCCCACAUAUUGACAAAUUGAUGCGUGCACUGCGGUCUGGUCCAUUCCACCUUGAGCCAGACUCAAAUUUGCCGAAGGAUAUUUUGCCUCUUAUUAAUUCUUACUGGGCGACAGCCCAACCUCCUUUCAUCUCCUUGGCGGCAUUUAUUGUAGAACUGCUUCGACGACGGGCGGCGCCUAUUUUUUCGGUUAAAGAUUUUAUUCCAGCUUACACGCUACUAAACCAGCUGUAUGAGAGACAUGUAUUAGAUAAUAGGAGGGACAACUUUUCAAGCUUUGAGGACAUCUUACAACUACCAUUGCAGCCGCUAGGACACAUGUUGUCAAGCGGCGUGUAUGAAGUCUUUGAGUGCGACUUUGUCAAAUACCAGCGUUAUCAUGCUGCAAUGUUGAAUUACUUCCGUGAAUGGUUAGAGCACCAUGACGAACGUGGACACGGGAGACUAUGCAGUAAAUAUCUGAAGAACACAGGAGGUGACAAAAUGGAUGUUGCGUACGUGGUUCUCUUGGGUGCUGGCCGAGGUCCCUUAAUUGCGGAAUGUUUGGCCGCUGCUUCUUCCAUUGGUAUUCGUGUUCAUUUGUUUGCGGUGGAAAAGAACCCUGAGGCGAUGGAGUUUAUUCGUCUUCGAUUGCGUUCAGAUCCCCAAUGGUGUUAUAAUAUAAGUGCUUGCGGUCAUUUGGUAGAGACCAUGUGCGCAGAUGGACGAGCAGUGACGGCGACGAUAGAAGGGCCUCUGCCGAAGCUUUGGGGUUUGUGUGACUUGGUUGUGUCGGAGCUACUGGGAAGCUUCGGUGACAAUGAACUUAGCCCAGAGUGCAUAGACGGUUUUUGUGAGGAUUUUCGACGCUACCAGAACUCGAUGGGAAUUCCGCCGAACCCACACAUGGUCUCCAUUCCACAAGAGUACACUGCCUGGAUUGCCCCAUUGUAUUCAGGACGGAUGGAAGAAUCUCUUGCAGAUACAGCUGUCUCGGGACUCACGGUGUUGUUGCCAUGGUGCCAUGACCGUCGUGCAGCGAUAUUUCACUCCAUGUUUGUUACGGAUUUGUGUCGUGGCGUCUCCUUAUCUACACCGCAGCCUUGUUGGACCUUUCAGCACUUUACAGGGAGGGAUUUCCAGAAGGAGCGGGAAGCUUUGCUCACCUUUCGCAUGAACACUGCUGGUCGUUGCAGCGGCUUCAUUGGGUACUUUACAGCCGUAUUGUUUGCUUCCAAAUCAAAUUGUGGUGUGGAUAAUGUGGGGGACGUUGAUAUUUCAACGACUCUUUCAACCACACCUGAGGAACGGACUCCCGAGAUGUUUAGUUGGUUUCCGUGUUUCUUUGCCGUUGAACCACGAGACGUGUUGGAGGUGGAAGCGGAUGACCGUUUGCAACUGCAUCUGCGUCGAUGUGUGAAUGUUGAAGAAAAGCGAGUGUUUUAUAGCUACGACGCCAGACUUUUAAAAGGGCGUGAGGGGGAAGUAAAGGCAACCACAGCAGUAAUUAAUGACGGUGGCUGGGCUGCCUCUAUCCUCUUAAAUUCUUGA